GAUUUUCUUUCGGGUUCAAGUUUAUCUUUUCUCUUAUUAAUAGUGUAUUUAAACUUUUGAAUUUGUAAGUGGUAUAGAAGCAACAGUGAGGAAGUUACAAGUGCCCGUCACAGUGCAGGGCAUGGUGUUUUCUCCUGAGGCAACAGACUGGCAGGAAUGGGGAUCACAUUGUUGACGAGGGGUGUGGGGUAUACAUCAGUUAUAAUCAGCUUGUCUCUUCUAUCCGCUGUGUCUGGAUGCUCCCCCGGGGAAUACCAGCAGUACAGUGGGGACUGCAUGACGUGCCCCAAGGGGACUUAUAGCGAGAACCCCCCUUCCUACCGGUGUCUGAACUGUCCCAACGCCACAUCAACCCUGACGGACGGAGCAACAAAUCACAGUGACUGCGUCUACGAGAAAGUUGGUUGCUAUGAGAACCUUAGCACCGUUAACGACACCUUUCUUGACGUCGACAAUGACGUCAAAGUUCAGACCUGUGUGGACAGCUGUGCAGAGUGGGGGUACCUUUAUGCUGCUAUACAGAAUGCAACUUCCUGUUCCUGCGCGCAGAUGAACGACGGCACUUCUUCUUCCGGAUGUGACAACACAGAUUGUGGAGCAGUAGGCACGUGUGGUGGAGAGACCGCGACAACGGUGUACAGAACAGGAAGAAGAAAAGUGGCGAUAACAACAAUAGACUAUACGGAGGAGGAUCUAACAGCUCAUGGCCUCAAUAUAAGCGGGAUGUCAGAGCUAGAAUUCAGGGUCCUCGCGUGUAAGGAUGCGCACGUGCGACUGAUGUAUGACCGAGCUAACUACACCCAUAAAUUCAUUGAGGUAGUGUUUGGUCACAGUCAAAACAAAUACAUUGGAAUCCGCGACAGGAAGCAUGGUGUCGUCGUGGGCGACUUGGCCUUCUAUGCCGGUUCUUAUCUUGACUGCUUCAAUUGGAAGUUCUUCCGAGUUUCUUGGGAAAAUGGCACCAUUUCAAUAUUUAUUGGUGACGAAAACAAAUGGUACUCUUACGACACGGGAAUCGUGUUCGACGUGAAUUACCUGGUGAUAUCUGCCUAUGGUGGUACUCAGUGCUGCUGGCAAAUGUUUGCAGAUAUAAUUAAGGAUGACACGUGUCCCCCGCUCACCAUGACAACAGCGGUGGUCCCGGUUACCACGGCACCCAUUCUUGUCUGCGAGUGUCCAUGUGGUCUCUCCAACAUCUCGGAUGAAGCCCUCCAAGAGAAAAUUGACGAACUCAAAAGAACACUGACAGUUGACGUCAAGACGACGUCACAAUACGAACGAAAGUUCGUCUGCGCAGACGACCCACGUCCGUCUGCUAAAGGGGUGGGGAUCAUAUUUGGUCCCGUGCUGUUGUCUCUAGUGGUAGGACUUGUAGUGUUAGCAGACUUUCCUAAUUUAGUCAGAUCGGCCAUACAGUUUAAAAAGGUCAUCCGGAAGUUGCAAAAACAGAGAAAUAAAGAUAAAUACAAGAAGAAUGAUAAUAAGGAUUCCACAGAUAAUUCCACAAAUAAUGAUGACAAGAAGGAGGAAAAUGACAAUGAAAAAGGAAACCUAAACAACACAAAUACCACCCCUGACAUAAAAAACAAUGCGAAACCAGCACCAACAACAGCUUGGGCAGAGAAGCCCGAGCCACCUUCUCUCAAUCAAGAGGCAGAUCAAAACAUAGACAACUCAUCUAAUCCGAAAAAGACUGUUCCUAAGCGUGGGCAAAAUAAGUUUCCAAAUACACGAAGAAUUCUCAAAGCAGGAGGCAAUCCGCCAUCAAAAUUAUCACCUCCCCCGAACAACCAAAAAGCCGAGGAAUGUAACGAAGUUGAUGAAGCGAAAAAGAAAGUGGGGAACGGUGUCAAAAAGCCGCCCGCCAAUAAUUUGUUAAGGAGGAACGUCAGGAAAAACAACAACGUGUCCAAAACUCUCAGCAUCAGUGAAACCUGAAAUAUAUGGAAGCAAGAGAGAGAGAGAGAGAGAAAGAGAGAGAGAGAGAGAGAGAGAGAGAGAGAGAGAGAGAGAGAGAGAGAGAGAGAGAGAGAGUUUGUUUACAUGUGACUUUUCCUUUGAAGAUUUUUCUGCACAAGAGCUCGCAAUCGGUUGUCGGAUAAUGAAGUUCUGAUAGUGAAGUGCCGUUCUUAUGAUCAUCACCAUUAUUAAACAAGUUUUGCAUUUUUAAUUUUUUUGGACAUUUUUUAGCAAUAAAAGUUAAUUGCCUAAGAGUAAGAAACUUCCAUGUGUGUAAUAAAUCCUCAAACACUUCAAUGUUUAGAAUCUACCAUAACAUUUAGAUAUGUAAUUGGGUUUCUGAGAUUAAUAUACACGACGGAAGAUGCAAUUGGGGCUUUAUAAGAUAUUCCUAGGCAAUCCUCGGUAAUGUAUAAAGUAUCUGGAAAACUAUACAGAUGAAGGAGUUACCUCCCGUUGUACACUCACUUGGCAACUAUCCAAAAUAAUCAAACUGGACCAAUAUGACAAUCUUAGACAUGUGGUUGCACCAUUUCAAUUUUCAUAUAAUAUUUUUAUAGUUUUAUUGUAUGACAUUACAUGCAAGACAACCAGUAAAAUGUCACUCGGCGGAGAUUGUCAAAUAUAAAUAAAAGUUAUUUGCCACUUAUAAA